AUGGAAGAUAAAUCGCUAGGGAUUAUGAGGGUUCAUGUGAAAAGAGGGAUUAAUCUCGCGAUUCGAGAUUCCUCGAGCAGUGAUCCUUAUGUUGUUGUCACGUUGGGUAAUCAGAAAAUGAAGACGCGUGUGAUCAAUAGUAACUGUAAUCCAGUGUGGAACGAACAGAUGACCCUUUCCAUCAAAGAUGUGAAUGAACCUAUCCGUUUGACGGUGUUCGAUAAAGACAGAUUCACGGGAGAUGACAAGAUGGGUGAUGCGGAAAUAGACAUGAGGCCUUUCGUAGAAGUGCAUCAGAUGGACUUAGUUUUUGAGAAGCUCCCUAAUGGUUGUGCAAUCAAGAGGAUCCGUCCAGGGAGGACCAACUGUUUGGCUGAAGAGAGCAGCAUCACUUGGAGCAAUGGGAAGAUCACACAAGACAUGAUUCUUAGACUAAGAAACGUGGAGUGUGGGGAACUCGAGAUGAUGCUUGAGUGGACUGAGUGUCCAGGCUGCAAGGGUCUUGCCCGUGAAGGAUCCAAGAAGACACCGUGGAUGCCAAGUAAACUAUUGGACUAAGUUACAGAACUGUUGAAGAUGUUCUGUUCAUGGAAAGACGAGUUAUGUCUUUUGUCUCUUUUAACUAUUAUGACGAAAGACUCCAUCUACUCUGUGUCUUUAGUUGUACAUGAUGUCGAAUACAACCCAAACCUUAAUAUUAUAUUUUGUAUCUGUUUCUACUAUUUGAAGAAAUAA